CCAUUGUUAACCAUGCAAUCCAAGUCAAAGUCAAUGCACAGACACCAGAACUCAUCGACACAAAUUUGAUCACACUUAGCUCAAGAGGAUGCAGAGCCAGAAUUCCAUGUCUCUUUUCAAUCCCCUCUUCUUCUUCGCUCUUUGCUAUUUCUUAUGCCAGGUUUCCUGUAAAAUUCCUCCCACGGGGACUAUAUCCACCAUCUGGAUAAACAACAUCAAUUCCGUCCCCUACACAUUCAAUUACAGUGAAGCUUUCCACUUCAGAGCAAUCCUCCUCAAUGAAAGAACUAGUCCCAAAUUUGCUUGUGGGUUCAUCUGCAAAGGUUCCUGCAAAACCUUCCUCUUUUCUAUUGUCCCAGUCCGCGAAUAUGCCCCUCAGUUAUUGUGGUCUGCAAAUAGGGACAGACCAGUUGUAGAGAAUGCUACGCUGCAACUCACCCAAAGUGGCAACUUAUUGCUCAAAGAUGCGGACGGCACCCUGGUUUGGAAUACUGACACAGGAGGCAAAUCCAUCACAAGCAUGAACAUCACAGACGAAGGGAACUUGGUGCUCCGGAAUGCCUCAGAUGGCAUCAUUUGGCAAUCCUUUAAUCAUCCGACCAACGUAAUGCUUCCUGGGCAAAAGCUGUUUGCUGGACAGAGGCUCACUUCCAAUGCUUCGGCUUCUGACUGGGCUCGUGGUCAAUACUAUCUCCACAUGAAUAAAACUGGAAACUACCUUGCUGCAUACCUAGAUGGACAACCUCCACUUCGAUACUAUUUACGUCGAUAUGACAGCAACUUAACCGGUGAAAAUGAAAGCCAAAGCGCCUAUAUUGAACUCAUGGAUGGGAGUGUGAAUGUUUUGGCAAAGUCGGGUAAUGAAACGAUCUUGAGCAUUCCCGCAACGAAAACUUUUCAGUACCUGAGGCUGGAUCACGACGGGUACCUCAGGAUAUAUUACAAAUACCCUGACUAUGGGACAUGGAAAGUUCAGCAUGAGGACUUGUUACACAUUGACCAGUGCAGCUACCCACUAGUUUGUGGGAAUUUUGGGCUCUGCACAGGCGGGGGUUGCAGCUGUCACCACGGAGCUGAUGGGCAGACCUAUUGGGAGCCGCAAGAUGAGGAGUUCCCAAAUCGUGGAUGCAAAGAAGUCACCCCAUUAACGUGUCAGGAUCCCUCCCAUCACCACCUAGUGGAAUUAACAAAUCUCUCUUACAUCGGGGUCAUUGACACUGAUGCACAAGUUUCAGUGAUAAAAAAUUUGGACCAAUGCAAGCAAGCAUGCCUUAAAAAUUGCUCAUGUAGAGCUGCAUUCUUUGAUCCCUCCUUUAACUACUGCUAUCUACCGUCACAGGUGUUUUCCCUUAAAAAGAAUGAUCUCAAUGCAACUUCUUUUGCUUUUCUAAAGGUACAAGGCCAGUCCAAAAGCAAUCUUCUGAAUGGUGCACAUGUUCAGUCUACAAUCCUGCCAAGAAAUCAUAAUGCAAAGAUGGUUAUAUCCGUUUCUGUUCUUGGAGGUCUAUCGUCUAUCAUGCUUCUGGCAUCCAUAUGUGUGAUGGUUAGGAUGCGCAUUAAAGCUAGAGGGAGUGAAAAGGACGAGGAAGACCAUUUCGAGCAGGGAGUACCGGGAGCACCCACCAGAUAUUCUUACAAGGAUCUGGCCUUUGCAACCAACAAUUUUCUUACUAAGAUUGGAGAAGGGGGAUUUGGGUCAGUUUUUGUAGGGACGCUACGCAACGGCACAAAGGUUGCAGUGAAGCGCUUGGACGGCAUGCGGCAAGGAAAGAAGGAAUUCUCGACAGAGGUAACUGUAAUAGGCAGCAUUCACCAUGUAAAUCUAGUUAGGCUGGUUGGUUUCUGUGUAGAGAAAGCUCAUAGACUAUUGGUUUAUGAGUCCAUGCCUAAUGGGUCUUUGGACAAAUGGAUCUUCUUAGAUGGGAACCAUGAGAUGCCGGCACUCGACCGGAGAAUCAAAAAGAAGAUAAUCCUUCAUGUAGCAAAAGGCCUCCAAUAUCUUCAUGAGGAAUGCUUGCAUAAGAUUGCUCACUUGGACAUAAAGCCUCAGAAUAUACUAUUGGAUGAGUACUUCAAUGCCAAGAUCUCUGAUUUUGGUCUUUCGAAGCUCAUCGCCAGGGACCAAAGCCAGGUGGUGACCACAUUGAGAGGAACAAUAGGUUAUCUUGCGCCAGAAUGGAGGACCUCCAAGAUUACUGAGAAGGCCGAUGUGUACAGCUUCGGUAUCGUGAUAAUGGAGAUUGUGUGCGGAAGGAAGAACUUCGACCAUUCUCUUCCUGAAUCAGAUGUGCAUUUACUGAGCCUCUUGGAAGGGAAAGGCCUCGAAAAGAUCCCAAUCAACAUCGAGGAGGCCAAUGCUAGAGAGGCUCAAAGGAUGUUAAGGAUUGCCAUGUGGUGUUCACAAGACGAUCAUACAAGGAGGCCUCCUAUGUCGAGGGUUGUGAAAGCUUUGGAGGAUUCUUCAAUGGAAUUAGAAUCCGAUAUGAAUUACAGUGUUUCUGAUCGUCUACAGUGUGAAACGGCAGGCAAUGACCAGGUAUCCUAUACACCAUUACCUUGUGUUUUAUCAGGACCCAGGUAAGCUCCCUUAUCAAAUAAACCCAGAUAAAAUCUGGUUUGAACGACUGGAACUACUAUUCUACACUGUGUACAAGACAAUGUGUCCUUAAGAAUAUGGAAUUAUUA